GAAACUGCCUACAGUGGACGGACCCAGGAAAGAUCUACAGCUAAUUACGAUAUUUUAUUUUAUUUUUUGCGGUGGUGAACCUGCAUGAGAUGCUAAGCUGCAACGUCCCGAAAACUCCACAGAGCUUGCUUAACAAGGGGCUUUUAAGCUUACCCUUGCAAAAUACCCCGUAAAUGUCAGGCUUGCUGCAUCCAGCGCUGAGGUUGACAAGAAGAGUUAAUUAGGAGCAAUUAGUUUAUCCUCCUGCCGAGAGCCUCUGCGCUUCCCUUUCCCCCUCCCCUGCUGCUGCUGCUGCUGCAGAGUCCAGCAUUGCUGUGCGUACAGCAGACGAAGGAAUGAGAUAUGAGCUGAGUCCCGGUCUCUCUUUCCCCCUCCCCUCUCCUCUUCUUCCUCCUCCUUUCCAGAGCGGUGCAUUGUGGAGGUAAUCGCCGAGGAAGCACCGCGCCGUUGACUCCGCUGUCCUACUCUGGGAGCUGUCCAAGGUGCUACUUCUCCUGGGAGUCCUUGCGCAGCGCACGCUCUGGUGCUUCUCGCUCGACCGGCUCCCGCCUUUCCCCCCUGCUAUCCACGUCCUCUCAGUAUACCGUUCCCUUGGCAGGAAGAGACCAUGGUGUUUGCUCCAGGGGAUAAAUGUGGAAAUGAACAAGAAGAGGCAAAGCUGCAGAACAUGAGCAAGCAGAUUGUCCACACAGUCAUUCAGCAGGCUGUCCAGCAGCUCUCCCAGGAGAGCCGGCAAAAGGAGAAGGCGAGGCAUAGCAGUGGGAGCCUGCAGCUGGAGAGAGGGCAACUAACCAAGAAGCAUGAGAAGAAGUAAAAGGCCCUGGUUUCUUCUCGGGGAAUCUUCCAGUCUGCAGCACUUCCACCUUCUCAGCAUCAGCUGUGUCGCCAGUACCGCACUACGUCAGAAAAAGCAAAUCCAAGUAUAAUCAGCACAUAGCGAUAGAUGUAUACCGUUGCAAUAGUCCUCAGCUGAGAAAUAGGGUUUUAAGUGCAUUAGGUAGUGCCACUCAAUAUUUAUGCAGUGCCUUGAACACACGUAACAAAAUAAUGCUGUGGCCAUUGAAGUAGUCUUAAGCUCAAGUCCUUCCCAAAGGACACUCCCUGAAGGACUUCCUGUACUGUUGUGUGUGUCAUCAUCUCCAGAUGGUUAGUAGAUGUCCCUUGAAGUUCAGGGGUCCCAGGAAGCCUUUCUAUUGACACACCUGUUCAAAGAUGUGCUUUAAAACUCCUCGAAGCACAAACCUACACCACGUUUCGAGUGAAUACUGUGGCGUGCUAAAUGACCAAAUGAAAUCUAUGAAUGAGUCUUUCAGAAACAUACUCUCUCCUUAAUCCAACCCAGAGUUAAACAAGCUUGAAGCUGCUGAUUUAGGUUCUUGUGCUUUUAAAAACUUUAUUUUUAAUUCAAAACUGAAUCAGUAUUCAACAAUGGGAAAUGAAUGGGACAUUGGGCACAACCCAGAGAAAAUGUGUAUUAUCCCACACACACUUACUUGGGAAUAAUUCCCUUUGACCUCAGUGGGGCUUCUGAGAAAACGUGUAUAGGAUUGCAAUGUUAGCCCCUUAAAAUCCAUGCACUUCAUAUCUUUAUAAGUACGUUCAGUUUAUUUCCAUUGGAAUUAAACACAGCCAACUUUUCCUGGGUUUUGCUCCUUUGUUGCUUUUGUUUAUUUUUAUUUAUUUACAAAGCUUCAGCAUAUUUCUUUGGAAGAGCAGAGGGCUGUCUGCAAGCAACUCCCAAGUGCCCAUAGAACUUCAUAUAUAUCCUGUGUCCGGUACCAUGGGCAGAAGACCCUCCUUGGGUUCUGUGGAGAAUCCCAUCUUACAAGGAAAUAGAUAGCCAAUUCAAUGAAUGGGCUUUACAUUGAGUUCCUUGCAUAUAGGGAAAGACAAAGAACUUCAUUUCCUUCAUAAUGGGCUUUAUAUAUUCUUUUAAUCCACAGGAGCCUUCCAGACUGGUAUAUUUGUCCUUAUGCAUAAUUCUUGUUUAAAGGCAAUCAUAUAUUAAAACACAGUCUAAUGUAUCACCUGGGGCUGAUUUAAUGUUUCUGAAUAAAUAUAUAUUAAGAAAAAUCUGGAA